AUGCGUUUCUAUUUCUCCGUUCUUCCUGUAUUUCUCUUGGCCUCCCACGUUAUUGCCGGCGAUAUCGAUGCCAACGAUGUGCCUUCUGAAUGCAAAGAUGUCUGUGCUCCAGUAGUCAGUAUAACAUCCUCUUGUGACAAGAAAACAAGUGAAGAUGAUACUGCCGAGCUGAAAUGCAUCUGUGAUGAUCCCAGAGCAGCUCAUAGUCUCCCACUAUGUGAUGCCUGCAUGACCAAGUAUGGCAAGGAUGGCAGCGAUAAUGAUGCCAACGACCUUGUUCGUUCUUGCUCGUUCACGACAACCUCUUACGAUAGUACUAUGGCUGCAUCGGCGACUUCCACUUCUGUUAUCGCCACUGAUACUACCGGUGGCAUGUCGGGAACUAUGACUGAUAGCAUGAUGAGUACCAUGACUGGCAGUAUGAUGAGCACAGCGACUGGCGAUAUGAUGAGUACUAUGACUGAAAGUAUGACCGGCGAUAUGACAAGCACUGGAGCUAUGGGUAGCGGUACCCCAGCCGGGGGCUCGCCCAGUGCUGCUCCUACCUCUUCUUCAGGGGCAAUGGGUAAAACUGCUGGUCUAGAUACCGGUCUCACUGGACUAGCCAUUGGUGUUUUGGCGCUUCUGGGCGCUUGA